AAGAUAACAAUUAAUAUUGGUGGUGUAAGGUUCGAAACAUUCAAAAGCACGUUGGAACUACGGCCUGGAACAAGACUUGCGGUGUUGGCGAACCUACUAGAAUCAGACGAAACAUGGGACCCCGAUACGAAUGAGUUUUUUUUUGAUAGACAUCCUGGUGCGUUUCCAGCAAUUCUACAUUAUUACCGAAGUGAUGAACUACACACAGAUCAUAAUAUAUGUGGUAAUAUUAUAAAAGGGGAGCUGAAUUUCUGGGGUCUCGAUGAGACGGAAAUAGAACCAUGUUGCUGGGGUAACUACAGUAGAUUUCGAGACAAUAAAGAAACAUUGGCAGCUCUUGAUGAUAACUUUUCUGGUCAGAUUGAAGACGAAGACGCAUGGGGAGAGAAACCAACCAAGUUUACCAAAUUCAAAAGAAAAAUGUGGAUAUUUCUUGAAGAUCCAACUUCUUCAAGAGGGGCAAAGGCAUACGCACUCCUUUCCAUGUUUUUCGUUUUGAUCUCUAUUGGCGUUUUUGUUUUGGAAACUCACACCUUGUUUCGAGUUGCACUCCCUGGUGUAACAGUGCCAAACACUACUGAAGCCCCUUGUGCAUAUAAAGGAACCAACAAUUUCUGUUGUAAAUUGAAUGUGCCUAAUGAGAUGUCUCUAUCUGGAAGUGAACCGCAUCCAGUCAUGAUCUAUUUAGACUAUUUGUGUGCAGGAUUCUUUACACUUGAAUAUUUGACUCGAAUUUUCUUUGCUCCCAAAAAAUUGGUUUUUCUUCGGAAGCCAUUAAAUAUUAUUGAUGUGUUAUGUUUGCUCCCACAUUUUGUGGCUAUUUCGCUAAAAUCCAUUAAUCCGGCCGAUACAACUAGUAACAUACUGAGGUCCGUCUUAGCCUUCAGAAUCGUUCGAGUUUUAAGAAUAUUUAAACUGAUGAAACAUUACACAGCGUUUAAAAUUUUGGUAUAUACGAUUAAAGUCAGUACCAAAGAAUUACUGUUGAUGGUAAUAUUUCUCUUUAGUGGUGUUCUGAUAUUUGCCAGUGUGAUAUUUUACGUCGAAACGAAUAACUUUAACAGUAUACCGGCAGGGUUCUGGUGGGCACUUGUUACCAUGACAACGGUAGGAUAUGGGGACAAAGUUCCUGAAAGUGAAGGAGGAUAUAUAAUUGGUUCUUUGUGUGUUAUGUGUGGUGUCCUUACUGUUGCGUUUACGGUCCCGAUUGUGGUCAAUAAUUUUACAAUGUAUUAUGCUCAUGCUCAAUCUAGAACUAAACUACCA